AGGGUGUAGGCUCGCGGGGACUGGCCUCCUUCAGCAGCUGGAGGCGGUCACUCGCGCAGGGCUGGGGGCUGAGGCAAGAAGGGCCAUGCGGCCGGCGAAGGAGUCUAGACUCUUCAGUCCGGUGCUCUUCCCUCGCGCGACGGUGGCUCUACGGCCGCGGGAGUAAACACUGCCUUUGUUCCGUAGCGCCUCGUCUCUUUCGUCGCCCCGUCCCCUCACGGCGCCGCGCUCCGGCUGGCCCGCCCUCGGUCCCUGAACCCCAUUUCGGCUCGUGCCGCGCGGAUGCGGCUGCCGGGCCUGGGAUUGGGCAUUGAGCGGGAGGAGGAGGAGGAGCGGCGGCGCCUGGGCGGCAUGCGAUGGGGAACUGCUGCUGGACGCAGUGCUUCGGGCUGCUCCGCAAGGAAGCGGGGCGGCUGCAGCGAGUAGGCGGCGGCGGAGGAUCCAAGUAUUUUAGAACAUGCUCAAGAGGUGAGCACUUAACAAUAGAGUUUGAGAAUCUAGUAGAAAGUGAUGAAGGGGAGAGCCCAGGAAGCAGUCAUAGGCCUCUUACUGAGGAAGAAAUUGUUGACCUAAGAGAAAGGCAUUAUGAUUCCAUUGCCGAAAAACAAAAAGAUCUUGAUAGGAAAAUUCAAAAAGAGUUAGCCUUACAAGAAGAGAAGUUAAGACUAGAAGAAGAAGCUUUAUACGCUGCACAGCGUGAAGCAGCCAGGGCAGCAAAGCAGCGAAAGCUCUUGGAGCAAGAAAGGCAGAGAAUUGUGCAGCAGUAUCAUCCUUCCAACAAUGGAGAAUAUCAAAGUUCAGGACCAGAAGAUGAGUUUGAAUCUUGUUUGAGAAAUAUAAAGUCACAGUAUGAAGUUUUUCGAAGUAGUAGACUCUCAUCAGAUGCUACAGUUUUGACACCAAAUACAGAAAGCAGUUGUGAUUUAAUGACCAAAACUAAAUCAACUAGUGGAAAUGACGACAGCACAUCCUUAGAUCUAGAGUGGGAAGAUGAAGAAGGAAUGAAUAGAAUGCUUCCAAUGAGAGAACGUUCCAAAACAGAGGAAGACAUUCUACGGGCAGCACUUAAGUAUAGCAACAAGAAGACUGGAAGUAAUCCUACAUCAGCCUCUGAUGAUUCCAAUGGGCUGGAGUGGGAGAAUGAUUUUGUUAGUGCCGAAAUGGAUGAUAAUGGAAAUUCCGAGUAUUCUGGAUUUGUAAAUCCUGUAUUAGAACUGUCUGAUUCUGGCAUUAGGUAUUCUGACACAGAUCAACAGACUCGAUAGGGUAAAAUUGUGUGACCUUGUUUAUCAGUUAUGACCAAAUGUUAAAAACCAACUAGAAUGUAUAAGUGAUUGUGCUGAGCCUUUUUGUAAGGGAGAUGUGUAAGAAACCAUGUUGUAAAUGCUUAUUUUAUUAGAAAGGAGUAGGGAUGAUAGGAUCUGAACUGAUACAGAAUUAAGUGCAAUUUCAUCAUCUGCCUUCUGCUUUUCAAGACCAAUUUAAUGGUCCUGUCAUGUUACCAAUUAAAUUUAAGUCUUUUAUUUAUAGCAUUUCUGUUUACUAUUGUAGAUUUCCACUUUCCAUUUUUUAAAUUAAUUUUACUUUGAAUGAUUUAUGAAGCCUAUUCAUUGUCUAACUAUGAAAACAUUAAGACUUUUUUUGUUAAUUCUCAGCAGAUGUGAAGGAAGCAUGAGGAGGGAUUGUCAGAUUCAGAUUUAGAAUAGUGUUCCCUUUUCCAGCAUUAUUUAUUUCUAUGACUUCUUUGGAUUUUAUUAUCUAAUAGUAAGUACAGUUGAUUUGAGUAGAUGACUCUAAGAAAUGCAGAAGUAUCAGCAUUACAUGUCCUUAUUUACAUGUCCUAGUAUGAUAAUGUUGAUUCAAUCUGAACAAAAGAUAAUAUAAAAAUAACCCUUCAGAGUUUGGACAUUUCAAGUUGGUAAUAAUAAAAAAUAAUACUUAAGAAGAUAUAUAUAUAUAUAUAUAGUUUUUUCCACUUCAUUUUACAUGCCACUAUAUUGACUUUAAUUGAUAUAUAGUAUUAGGUUUUUAGGUGCCAUUAUUUUUUAAAAAUUCUAUAUUUCCAAUGAAUGAUCUUAGAUUUUACGCAGAACAUAUUCUCUGCAUGAUUUAAGAAAGGAAAAUCUAAAAAGGUAAUACGGGUAUUUCAAAUAAAAUCCUUUCUGGUAUGAAAGGCUCCAUUGAUUUUAUUAAGCUUUCGUUUACCUUGUAGUACAAGGUGCUUUAAUGGGAUAGAACUAAGCAUAUCAAUAUCUAUAACUGCAUUUUUUUAUAGACAAUCAGCUGUUCUUUUCUCUAAAAUGUAUGUGUCAAUUUAAAACGCCAGGAAUAGAAAACACUCCACAAUUGCUUUCCUUGAUUUUGCUGAGGAUUUGGUAUGAUUUUAGUAAGCAAACUGUUUUUUGGUUUUUCCUUAAUGUUUUUAAUUUUUUUUUCUCUUGCAACAAUGACAGUGCAUGUUCUUAUAAAUAUAGGAAGGUCCAGAUAUAAAUAGUAACCUAAAGUUCUUGCUGUACUUAAAAAAAAAAUCAUGUGGCCCUUUCAAUAUUUGAACUGCUAAGCAAUGACAUCUGUAGUUUUAUCUCCUUUUUUAUUUCAUAGAAAUUAAUAUGAUACUUUAAAUAUGUAAAUAUAAUACAUUAGGUAAUGCCAUUAUUUAUAUGUCUUAAGUUGUAGCUGUGUCUUGGAAAUAUUUUUAAGGUAAUCUAUAUUCACAUUGCCUGUGUUAAUGCUUUUUAAAGUUUGUAUACAUCAGAUGUAUAUUUUUGGUUUGGCAUAAGCUACUAUUGUAAUUUUUCUUGGCUUUUUGUUCAUAAAGAAUUUUUUGAAGGAAUGGUAACAAAUGGUAAUUUACAAAUGGUUGUGAAUAAACACAUUUUUACACUUAAAGGUAGUAAGUUAUUUGACUGUUACUGGUUUUACUCCAUAAAUAUGCAGGUAUUCUGAUUCCUGACUUGUAAUUAUUUUAUUAAAUCUGAUGUGAAGACAAAAAGAAGUAAAUUAAGAAAGCAAGAUGGAACUAAACUUGAAAAUGUGUUUUAACUGUUAAAAAAAGUUAACAUUUUGUGUUUAUAAAAAGUACUAGAAAUAAUUUAUUCAGCAAAUAUUGGAAUAAUAUUAAUAUUGGAACUGUGUCUGGUGGGUGUUAGGGACAUAGAAGUACAAAGACAUGUAAGGUCUCUGCUCUUUGCUUACCAUUCUGGUGAGAGAGAUAGACAAUAAUAAGUAAACAUAUAUGUAAGAAAAUCACAGGUCACAGUUAGAAAAUAUACAAGAUUAUAGGAGAGAGAGUAACUGGGGGCCAAUUGACUACUUCUCAUAGGUCAGGAGAAUCCUCUCUGAGGAGAUACCUUGGCUAAAACUUAAUUGUUUUAAGUUUUCAUUGUUAACUUGGCUAAAACCUAAUUGUUAAGCAGGAACCAGUCAAGUAAAAAAGCCUGGUGUGAAGCAUCUUAUCAGCAAAGGGUACAGCAAGUACAGAGUACCUGAGGUGGGUUUGUUAUGUUCUGUGAAUAAAAAGACCACUGGGAAUGAAGCAUCACGAGUGAGGGAGAAGAGUGGUAUGAGAUGAUACUGGAGUGGUAGUUAAGGGCUAGAUGAUGCAAGACCUUGUAGGCCAAGAAUGAGUUUUAUUUGAUGUGUAAUAGAAAGCUACUGACAUUUUUUGUAAGCAAGGAUGUACAGUCAUCAUAUACACAUUUUCAAAAGAUUGCUUUAGUUGCUGUGUAGAGAAUGGAUUGUAAGAAGGCAAGAGUGGAUGUAUAGUAUUCCUAGUGGAAUAUAGUGUGCCUUGGGUUUACAAUGGCUUUGAAAAGGCAGAGCAGAUUUUAGAGGCAGAAGCAUCAGGAUUUUCUGGUGAGUUGGAUAUAAGACUAAAGAAAGGGGUAGAAUCAGAUACUACUGUAGGGUAACACAUCUGGCACGGUGCCGUGGCUACCUUGCUCACUUCACAUAGUCGACGUAGGCAAAACUCAACUACAGUCUGACACAGGUCUUGGUAGAAAAACGUCGUGAUCCUCUCUGGAUCCUCCAUGGCAAGAUAGGCCAUCGUAAAGGAGCUGUCAAAGGGCCAUUUAUCUUGCAAAAUACCUCCCUAUCUUACAAAAGGCUGCCAUGAGGCAAUUUCUCAUCCAACUGGUUUCCAGUGACCUUACUCUCAUUCAGGUACAGAUACCGACUAUUAAAAUGUUUAGCUACAGCUUAGAGUUGGCUCCUCAACAACAGAGCUAUUUAUACUUGUCAUCUGUCAUCUUGUCCCCUUGGUUCAGUGUCAUCCAGGGACAUCCCUAAGGACCAGGGAUACAGGGAGCUGACUCCAUGCUGAUGCUGGUUUUGCUGUCUGUAAAUAAUAAACUGUCUCAAUCUAUUUGGACUCAUUGUCUCCCUACUGGCCAAAUCUAUAGAUGUCUGAGAGCCAGCCUAGUAGCUGCAAGUGCCCUUAACUGUAACUUCUUGGUUCUGAUUUGACUUAAUAAAUGUAAUGGGAGAAACAGGUUUGGGAAAGGGGGGAAAAUGAAAGAGUUCUAUUUGAAAAGUUAACUUUGAGGUGUUUAUAAGAUAAUUGGAUGAAGAUGUCAAGUUGGUGAUGGGAUAUAUGUCUGCAGCCCAAGAAAGAGGUCUAGGUUCAAGUUUGGGAGUCAUUAGUAGGAAAAUGGUAUUUUAAGUCAUUAAACCAGCUGAGUUUACCCCAGGGGAGCACAUAGAGAAGCUCAACUAAGUGUUGACAUUUAGAAGUUGGGGGUAGUGAAACAGCCAAAAGAAACAGAUACAGGAGAAAUGCAGGAACCAGAGCAUAGUGUCACAGGGGCCAGGAAAUCGGAGGGCUCAACAAUAGCAAAUGCUUUGAAAAGAGGUCCGCUGCUUUAGUUGCAUUUGGGGACAGUUAUACAAAUGAAGGGAUGGAAACUGGGGAGUUGGGGAUGAGGAAUAAAGAACAGCUAAUGCAGACAACUUGAAAAGAGCAGAGAAAUGGGGUAGCUGGAAGGGGAUGUGAAGUUAUAGAAGGGUUUUUAUUUAAGAUACUAGUUUUAGAGUAGGUAGGCAGAUAUGAACAGGGCAGGACAGGGCCACAAAGAAUGUCAGGGCUGGUGACAGGGAGGGGAAAAUCUAACGGGAGACAUCUUGAGCUCAUGGGCAACAACUUCCCAAUAAGAAUAUAAGAUGACAGAGUUUGGCCUUCCUCUGGGGGCAUGUUCAGGCAUGCACAGUAAGGGGCAAAAUGACAGAGGCAGGUGGGCGCUAGCCCAGUAAGGGAAAAUUGCCUUAAGAGAGCAUGUGCAUAACUUCAACCACCAAAAGGCCCUCCCAGAUACUGGCAAACCACUGCACAUACAGGGAGGGGAAGAGACAGGGAGAAAAAAAUAGGAAAUAAUAAACCUCUAGAGCCCUAAGACAAAGGUCAGGCUGGGUGCUCAAUCUUUUGACGUGCCCCUUGGUUCCAUCCAAAUGUACUUUUUUUUGCUUCAAUAAACUCUUGUUUCUGCCUUAAAUAUACUUGUCUCUUGGCUGAAUUCUUUCUCCCAAGAAGACAAAGAUCAAGGACUAUGGAGCCUGCCCAUACUCACCACUGGUAACACUAGAACUUUUGAAAUGAUGUAUUUUGGGAUUAUACCUGCUUUUUUUUUUCGAUAGAGAAAUACAUUUUUCUAGCAGAGGCCAGAGGUUUCAUUUAACUAUGUAAAUAUGUCCUAAUCAUAAUUUCUUGAGAAUACAGACAUCUAAAAAAGAUUUUAUAUUAAAUAUAUAGUGUUUUCCCAUCUUAAUUUAUUUAGUAUUUCUGGUUAAUUAUCUGACAGUAAAGGAGUUUACAAAAGAAAUCUGAGAUUCCACAUUGAAAUCCUAAAUAUAAAACAACAACAAUAACAUCUAAAACAGAGAGAAACAGAA